CUUACCAAAACAAUUUCGUUAUCCAAGUGUGUUCACUCAGUGAUAUUUUGUAAGAAAUACCGAGAGAGCUGUUUGAUUUGUUGCUGAUUUUUCUGUUUGUGUGGAAUUUGAGGGCGAGAUGGCUCAGACUGUGGGAAGGAACGUGGCAGCUCCAUUGCUGUUUCUCAACUUGAUCAUGUAUUUGAUCGUUGUCGGUUUUGCUAGUUGGUGUCUCAACAAGUUCAUCAAUGGCCAGACUAACCACCCUAGUUUUGGAGGAAAUGGUGCGACUAUGUUCUUUUUGGUAUUCUCCAUAUUGGCUGGAGUGAUGGGCACAGCAUCAAAGCUGGCCGGAGCAAACCACAUCAGAUCUUGGAGGAGUGAUAGCUUAGCUGCAGCAGGAUCAUCCGCCAUCGUGGCAUGGGCUCUCACUGCACUGGCCUUUGGGUUAGCAUGCAAGGAAAUAAACAUUGGAGGAUACAGAGGAUGGAGACUGAAGGUCUUGGAGGCUUUCAUAAUAAUCCUGACGUUCACUCAGCUCUUGUACCUCUUGAUGCUUCAUGCGGGCGUCUUCAGCAGCAAGUACGGCCCGGGUUACCGUGACACCGACUACCCAGUUACUGGCCGGGAUCCGAUACACAAGGGCACCACCGGAGGAGUCCCUGCUUCUAGGGUUGUUUAAGGCAUAGGGAUAGCAUAUAUAGCAGUGAGACUCCCACUUGCGAAGGGAGUGAACCGUCUCUUUUGUUUCCUCUCCGUUUCUGGGAAGGUUUUGUACUUCAUAAUUUAAUGUGGAAUUUUAAGUAUUUUACUUUGUGGUUUUUUGUGGGGGAAUUGGAUCCUCUCCUAAGCUUAGGACAAAACGAAUACAAAUAAGGGAUAUUUUAAAAGUUAUAAUAAUUGUAACUGUUGGAUUAAAAUGAUCUGAGAGAGAGGAUCCAAUUCCUUUUGUGGGUUGUAUAGGUAGGGAUGUAAGCGGUGACCAACUGUGGGUUUGCGUGCGUGUGUGUACGGACUUGUAAUGUGGGAAUUGGUUCAAUAUUCAGCAUUAUGUAUGUGUACAUCAUAUGUAAAUGUAUGCAUGGUUUUAGUUAGUGCAUGCUUAGCAUCCUCUUUGAUAUAAA